AUGUCUAGCCAGCCUCUCCUUCAGACCGCUCCCGGCAAGCGCAUUGCCCUGCCCACGCGCGUCGAGCCCAAGGUCUUCUUCGCCAACGAGCGCACCUUCCUCUCGUGGCUCAACUUCACCGUCAUCCUCGGCGCCCUUGCCAUUGGCAUGCUCAACUUUGGCGACCGCCCGGCGUUCAUCAGCGCCUUCCUCUUCACCGGCGUCGCCAUGCUCACCAUGAUAUACGCCCUUGCGACGUACCACUGGCGCGCCAAAUCCAUCCGCGUCCGUGGCCAGGCCGGCUUCGACGACCGCUUCGGCCCCACCUUCCUGGCCAUCAUCCUGCUGUUGGCCGUUGUCGUCAACUUUGUCCUGCGCAUUACAUACUCGUCCAAGGAGGGCAAGCACUAA